CCCAGUCAACUUUUGGUUGUCGCGUUGUUUGGGUGGUGCUUUCGCUGCUUCGUCCGUGUUGCACGUGGUUUCGCGUGAGUCAGAAGCGUGCGAGUUCGCUCGCCAUUAAAUUCCGGGAAACAGUUUAUCUAGUGACCGACCGCGAUGGCGGAAAUGUUCGAAACGGACCUCUACCCCGGCAUGGUACCGGAAGUGUUGGAGGAUUUCGCACUGAUUUACCGGGAGUUGAUGCGAAUGAUGUUAGCGUACUUGGAUAUCGGGGAGGAUAUGAACAUACCCGAUGACUUCACGCAGAGCGAAAUGCAAACGGGAAUGUGGUGGCGCCACCUGGCGGCAGGCGGCGUAGCCGGUGCCGUUUCUAGGACAUGUACCGCGCCCCUGGACAGGCUAAAGGUUUUCCUUCAGGUGCAGCCGUCAAAACAGAAAAUUAAGGACUGCUUCCGGAAUAUGGUUUCGGAGGGCGGGGUCGCCGGCCUGUGGAGGGGCAACGGCAUCAACGUGUUGAAAAUCGCCCCCGAAUCGGCCAUAAAAUUUGCCGCCUACGAGCAGGUGAAACGGCUCAUCAAGGGAGACUCCCCGACGCUCAGCAUUUACGAGAGGUUCUUCGCGGGCGCCAUCGCCGGCGGCAUAAGCCAGACCGCCAUCUACCCCUUGGAAGUCUUAAAAACUAGGUUAGCUUUAAGGAAAACGGGCCAGUACAGAAGCAUAGCGGACGCGGCGUACAAGAUCUACGUGAGCGAGGGCGUGAGAAGUUUCUAUCGGGGCUACACGCCUAACAUUUUGGGCAUCAUCCCAUACGCGGGUAUCGACUUGGCCGUCUACGAGACGCUGAAGAAGAAGUAUUUCAGAACGCACUCUAGCGACGAGCAGCCGAGCUUCUGGACAUUACUCGCUUGCGGCAGCUGCAGCAGCACCUUGGGUCAGAUGUGCUCGUAUCCCUUGGCCCUGGUACGGACCAGGUUGCAAGCGCAAGUGAUACACGCGUCGAUCGAUCCCGCAACCGCCACUAUGUCGGGCGUCUUCAAGGCGAUAAUCGAAAAAGAAGGCCUGACCGGCCUCUACAGGGGCAUUACGCCGAACUUCAUCAAAGUAAUGCCAGCCGUUAGUAUAAGUUACGUCGUCUACGAAUAUUCCAGUCGGAUAUUAGGCGUCAAAAUGACGUGAUCCACGUGCGCCUUAGGAACUAAUUUUUUUUAUCAAUUUUAUUUAUUAAUAUUUCUAUUUCGCGCCGAGCCGCUUCGCUCUCAGACCCAUCGAUUUUAAACCAAUCGUUGACGUCUUAAUAACGUCGGCGAUAUCGCGAACCGAGCAGCGACGACGUCAGGUCAGACACAAACUUAGGGACUGUUUUUUUUUUUUUAAACUUUGCUCCGUUAAACCUAGAACACUUGCGACUCUGAAAUUUCCCUAAAUUAUUUACGGGGUGUUUCUGAAUUGACGGGCCCGAUUUUUUUUUCCUAUCUUUAUUUUUGCAAAACUCUAGAAAUAAGAAAAGGAAAACACAUGUCGCGUCGACUCUUUAAAUCAAUUUGAGCCGUAGGAAUUCUGGAACCGCUAAAUUGUUGAAGUCAUCUCCGAAAAUAUAGCACUUAUAAAAUAGGCUAGGUAAAUUUCUUUUUAUAUAUAAAAAUUCAAUAAAAACAAAGAAUGACUUCCUUCACUGUUUUGUAACCGAGGACGCCCGGUAUAUUGCGACUCGCGUUUAAAGUCCUUUGCAUUACGAUUUCGGACUAUAUAUUUUUUGAAGUCAGGCUACCAAGGGCCUCCGUCUUAAUUUCGGACCAUAAAUGUUUUUUGAAAUCCCUCUAACAGGGACUUUCGUCAUAUUUUCGGACUAUAUUUUUCUCUAAAUCACGCUGACAAAGACCUCCUUAUUUUAAGACUAUAACAAGGGCAUGCGUCGUAUUUUCGGACCAUAUAUAUUUUUUAAAUCGGACUACCAAGGACCUCGGUCUUAUUUUGGGAUUUUAUAUAUAUAUUUUGAAAUUGGUCUAAGAAAAGCCUUUUUCUUAUUUUCGGACUAUAUAUGUUUUUUUAAUUGGUCUAACAAACACCUUCAUUGUAUGGAUUUGUUGUUCAAGACUUGCGGGCGUUCGGGUGAUGAUGAAAAAAAAACAUGCAACAUUUUUUGCGUGUCCUUUAUGUGCAGGUGUCAAAAUAUAACGGUGUACGUACCCUCGACCUCAAAACUCGUUUUUAUUUCGAUUUUUGAAAUGAAAUGGAUUAAGUUUUGACGUCUCCAUACGACAUAUUCUUUGUAUCAAAAUAUUUCUGUUUGCCCAUACUUUCGGGGAGAUACGGGGUAAUAAAAAUAAUAUUUUCGUUUUUUAUCACAACUUUGUCAAAUUUAAUUUCUUUAAUUUUCUAAGUGAAAAAGGUUAUUAUUAAGUUUCUAAAGUAGACGCCCGCCAACAAAACCGAGAAUUUUCGUUUUUCUGGUAGAAAAAAUUACUUUUGCUUAAAGGUGAUAGAGAAUCGUUAAAUAUGUGGUAAUAAAUAUUUUGAAAACGGUAUCGAACAAUACUUAGACAAUACCAGAAAAAACGACGAAAAUAUAAAGUUUCACAAGUCGCAAUAUUUCGAAAUUAAGUGAAAACGUCGUCGUACUGCUCGGUGGAUACCGGUCAACACCUAAACACUAGUAAUAAUAUCCUUCACGAUUUUUAAAAUAUCGACUUCGAUAUUUUUUUUAGACUUAACUUAUUUAUUAUAAUCUACGAACCUCCUCCGUAAUAAAAUAUAAAAAAAAUACUCGCUAUCCUACGGCAGUAAGUAAUAAAAACCAUCCGCGUUCGGAAAAAUAUCUUUAAGCGUUUUUUCGAAAAAUACUUGUUCUAGAUGUUCCAUGAAAAAAAGUAAUAACUCGCCGACGGCCAUUUCUGAAAUCGUUUCGCCGCGACUAAUGUGAUAUUUAAGUUGCAACGUUUCUAUGGACGAUUCAAGCUGCAUUUAUAGGGUGAUAAUGUUAGGAAUCCGGCCUGUAGUAAGACCAAUGUUGUAGUUGGUCGGAAAGUUUAUUUAUUUUUUAAUUUUAGACGAUGAGUAAUGUCGGGAAUGGAAAAAAAAUGAAUGUGAUGUACUUAAUACUUCAAAAG